AUGUAUGGACAUCAGAAUCUCAUGUGGGAAUGCUCAGAGACGUUUUCUGAUGAGCUUCUCGGAUCAUGGGUUCCAAAUUACGCUCAGAACUACCACCUUCCUUGGUGGCCGAAAGAAAUAGUUAGAAAAUCACACCUCUCUAAUGGGAUGAAAAUCCUAAACGGACAUUUGUCGAGCUGGUGGGAAUUGGUAGAAGAUUAUCGAAGUCGACAUCUAUCAAAAGCGAGUGACAGGAUCAUGGCUUUUGCAGGAGUUGCGGAGGCUUUUCAAAACGUAUAUGGGCUCACUUAUCUUGCCGGCAUAUGGAAAGAGUCAUUGCCGUACGAUCUAUCUUGGUCAGUCUCUGCAACUGGGCUACGCGGAGACUACACAACAGUUGCACAGGAUGCGGAUACCACAUCGACGCCUUCAUGGUCGUGGUUCAGAUUCACAAGUUUCAAGUCUGGCAACGCUCGACUUCAUCACAAUUACCCGAGGUAUUACGAUACAACUCUGUUCAGCGCUGAGAUUUUACAUUUUCAAUGGGUGGGUCAGCCGCCAAACCUGUUGCCGCAAACAUUCUUAUACAAUUUCUCUGGUUUGCGACUGAGUGUCAAGUUGGCUUUGCUUCCAGCAAAGCUACAUAAACAGGAUAUUUUGAGAAUGAAUUGGGAACAGCACACUGCUUAUGCCAAGAGCUUCGCCCCAGAGGGGCGGAGUCUUUGUUAUACGGAGUUUGAAGAGCAGGUCAAGUCAACAUGCAGUGAUCUCCAUCCACGAGGUUCAAGUAUUGAAUCUACAAGUCUUGAAUAUCGCUGCGACCAUUCUCAAUACGAAGAAAGUCCACCGGAAAGCGUUGUUCUGGCUCUUCUCGUUGAAGAACUUGAAAGAUCUUUCGGGUUUCCAUCAGGAAGGACGACCGAGGUGUACAGGAUGACUGGAAUAGGUCUCGAGCCCGGAGAAAAGCAUGAACCAGACACCGACGAGAAAGACCGGACUUCUUUGUUUCUGCGAUUCAAGGGAGUCAACAUGGAGACCAUAACUAUUGAGCAACACCUGACUACAUCAAAGAGCUGGAAUCAAGGCACAAGGAGUCUUUCUAUCCGCACACUCCGUUUUUCCCUCCACCAUGGCAGCCACUAA